AAAGAAAGAAAAAGGAGGGGAAAUCCCGGUCGGUGGCAGGCAGCCUGGCACACACACACCCGCCCUCACACCCCGACAAAAGCAGAUGCACUUUGACUUCUGACAGCUCUACCUCAAGCCCAAGAGAACUCCACGGCGCUUUCCCUGCAACCCGAGCUCGCCGCGUCCUCCUCUUCCUUCUCCGACUCCGUUUUAUUUAUUUCGGUUCCCAUCGCCAAUCUCGGUGACCUUCACUCCUCCGUGGGCUCUGGGCAGAAGAGUUGCGUUCUCGCCUGCCCGCCCGAGACUCUUCGCCCCAGGAGCUGCGGCGGCGCUGCUGUGUCCCGGGGCCCUGGGACUCCCAGGCUGCACAGUCCACCGAGGUGCCCUCUGCUCCCCAUCAGCCUCAUUUUCACCCCCUUUUGAUUUCCUGGUGCGGGUUUUGGCUUGCACCCCCAGUGUGUCUCCUCUUUUUGGAGGGGCUGGGGAGCUCUUGCUGAGGUCUUCGGGAGUCAUCCCCUAGGCUCUACCUGCUCUUCUCUCUCCCGGCCUUACCCGACCAAACCAAAGACCAUGGUGCACUGUGCCGGCUGCAAAAGGCCCAUCCUGGACCGUUUCCUCUUGAACGUGCUGGACAGGGCCUGGCACGUCAAGUGCGUCCAGUGCUGUGAAUGUAAAUGCAACCUGACCGAGAAGUGCUUCUCCCGGGAAGGCAAGCUCUACUGCAAGAACGACUUUUUCCGAUGUUUCGGUACCAAAUGUGCUGGCUGCGCGCAGGGCAUCUCCCCUAGCGACCUGGUGCGGAGAGCACGGAGCAAAGUGUUUCACCUAAACUGCUUCACUUGCAUGAUGUGUAACAAGCAACUCUCCACUGGCGAGGAGCUCUACAUCAUCGACGAGAACAAAUUUGUCUGCAAAGAGGAUUACCUAAGCAACAGUAGUGUCACCAAAGAGAACAGCCUCCACUCGGCCACCACGGGCAGUGACCCCAGUUUGUCUCCAGACUCCCAAGACCCAUCACAGGAUGAUGCCAAGGACUCGGAGAGUGCCAAUGUAUCGGACAAGGAAGGGGGCAGCAAUGAGAAUGACGACCAGAACCUGGGCGCCAAACGACGGGGGCCGCGCACAACCAUCAAGGCGAAGCAACUGGAAACUCUGAAGGCGGCCUUUGCUGCUACUCCCAAGCCCACGCGCCACAUCCGGGAGCAGCUGGCUCAGGAGACUGGUCUCAAUAUGCGUGUCAUCCAGGUCUGGUUCCAGAACAGACGUUCCAAGGAACGGAGGAUGAAGCAGCUGAGCGCGCUGGGCGCCCGGCGCCACGCCUUCUUCCGCAGCCCGCGCCGGAUGCGGCCGCUGGUGGACCGCCUGGAGCCAGGCGAGCUCAUCCCCAACGGGCCCUUCUCCUUCUACGGAGAUUACCAGAGCGAGUACUACGGGCCCGGGGGCAACUACGACUUCUUCCCGCAAGGCCCCCCGUCCUCGCAGGCUCAGACACCAGUGGACCUGCCCUUCGUGCCAUCGUCCGGGCCCUCCGGGACACCCCUGGGCGGCCUGGAGCACCCGCUGCCCGGACACCACCCGUCGAGCGAGGCGCAACGGUUCACUGACAUCCUGGCGCAUCCCCCAGGGGACUCGCCCAGUCCAGAGCCCAGCCUGCCGGGGCCUCUACACUCAAUGUCGGCUGAGGUCUUCGGGCCCAGCCCGCCCUUCUCAUCGCUGUCGGUCAACGGCGGGGCGAGCUAUGGGAACCACCUGUCUCACCCCCCCGAAAUGAACGAGGCUGCCGUGUGGUAG